AUGGGCUGGUUCGCUGCGCUGUGUUGCAUCCCUGGGCCGAGUAAACCGAGGAGGCUACCAGACGCUAACGAUCUCUCCGUCGACCAUCUCAGAUCCCCCGAAGCCAAAGCGCCCGUCCCACCCACACCCGCAUUCGAGCCAUACAGCGCCAAAGCCGCCGACCACCUCUUCGCCGCAUACGCCGACGCGGACGACGCGGGCGUGAUCGACCCCGACGGACUCGCGAAUCUGUGCACGGCCGGCCAGAUCUCGAUGGAGGGCGCGAUGCCGCUGUUGCUGUCGUGGCAGCUCGGAGAGGACGAGAUGAUGAAGCUCACGAAGGAUAAAUGGGUGAAGGCUACGGCGGAACUGCAGAUAUCAUCGUUGCCGACGCUCGCGCUCGCGUUAAACGAGCUAUACGACCUGCUUAUACUCCGCAAACCGGCUCUACCGCAUAAAGCCGAACGGGGACCUUAUAAUCGGGCGCGGUACUAUGCUUAUGCGAAGGAUCCGAAGAAGGCGUUUGCGGAGUUUUAUGGGUAUUUGUAUAAGCUCGUUACGCCUCCAGGGUCGAGGAAUAUUGAGGUGGACACUGCUCUGACGCUGUGGACUGUGGCGCUUGCGCCGGCGUAUCCCGUCGUGAGCGAGGUCGUGGAGUUCGUGAACGAGGCUGGCAGCUUCAAAGCGGUCAACAAAGACCUCUGGAGCAUGAUGCUGGAGUUUUGCGACACGAUCAAUCCGGACCUAUCUAACUACGACGCUGACGAUGGAGCAUGGCCGACGAUGAUUGACGACUUCGUCGAAUGGAAGAAGGCCAAGGAGAAGCCGGCCGGGGAGCACGUCGUCGCUGUCGAUUGA